UUAUUCAUAAUAAGCUGGUUGUGUAGUGAGUUGGUAAAAACAAUCGAUAAUAACACAAUUGAAAAUAAGAUAUUAUUAAUAGUCUUUUGCCAAUUUUGGAUAUAGAAUAAUGAUAAAUGAAAAUAUACUCGGAACGUAAUCCGAUGAAAUGCCGUAUCCACCCCUUCGAAUUGUAAAAACAAUGUCUUACAAAGAAAAUCAAACUUGGCCUUGCGAAUGAACAAAACCUUUGUUCUUAAUCACACAGACAUAAAGAGGUCGUAAUCAUCAUAUGGAGCUUCAGCUUUGUAGACAAAAGACAUUCGACUACAUACAACCUCCCUUAAGGCAUUUGUUCUCUUAAUUAUUGUAGUAAUUAGUUAGAGGGCAAUGACGUUAAAUUGAUCUCAGGCCAGUGAUUAUUUUCGUCCACAGUAGAGAGCUUACACAAUUUAUACGAAAGAAGUUAUCAAGAAGUAGAGCAACAAAAAAAGUAAAAUAAAAACCAUAACAUAACGAAGAUGCCGUCACUACGUCAAAAGGUCACAACAUAUUUUCGCCAAUUAAGUUUCAUCGCUGAGCCGCGUGAUAGCCCAAGAGGAGCUCGUAAAGUGCCAGAUGAUGACAACUUUAUCACAAAAUAUUUAGAAGGUCGCAUGGAGCGCCAGUUUCUGCCUGGCCCCGAAAUUUCAAAUGGACAAAAUCCAACUGACUUGCCAGAUUUGAAAAUUGGUGUCUACCCAACUGGUCCCACCACCAUAACUGCCGCCUGUACCGGCCCUGACGAAGGACUUACGGGCAUAAAGCGCUCAAAAUUGCAUUUAAGUGCAAGUUAUGCUGACGAUAUUGAUUUCAUUGAUACUACUCAGGAAAAUGACUGCUUCGAGAUUCGAAAAAGUAUAAACACCAACAGUCGUAAUCAAAAUAAAUUCAAUCGUUUUGGGGGUCCACCGCGUAAAUUGAGUAAUAGUGGCAUAACGCCAAAUAGCGAUCAAAAUGCGAAUAAGUCAUCUGGCAUGCGUUCACGGAAAAACUCUCGAACUGGAAUAGCCAACCUCAAUAAAUUGCAGAGCAAUACAAAUUCAGUAGGUGCUUGCAAGGAUUUAAAUAAGUUAUUGGUAUCUGAAACAACCGGUUCUCCAACAACAGCAACUAUAGAAACCAAAAAAGUCCCAGAAAAUGCUAACAAAUCCACAACAAUUGUUGUAAGCAUGGUGAGCACAAAGUUUACUACUAAUGAUGCAGCUAAUGAUCAGAACAACAAGAACAUUCUAAAUUUUUCUAUUAAUGAUGGUCUAACAACAACCAAAUCGGUGGUCGUUUCUACAAAUGCAAUAGAUUCAGAAAAAAAGGAAUCAGUUCAUAAAACACAAGAAGUUGAUAAUUCCACGAAGACUUUGCUAGAUAAUACCACAGAGCGUUUAUUGCAAGAAGCGGUUUCUAAUCAGACUGAUAUAACCAGUUGCAAGGAUAUUAGUGGCUUAAUAGGAGAUGUCGUUGCUGGUGUGUCAGAUUGGCACAUGGAGACUGAUUAUGCAUAUGGAAUUUCAGUGUCUCUGUAUGAAAACAAUAUGUUGACAAAAGAGCCCAUGGGUAGUCCUAUAGCUGAUUGCUAUGGUAUAGUUGUACGUGGUGAUGCUGCAGCGAUGGCGCUUGCAGACGGCGUGAAUUGGGGUGAUGGUGCACGUUUAGCUGCACGUUCAGCUGUACAUGGCUGUCUUGACUAUUUGGAUCGUGCAAUUUUCGGACUGGCGCGGGAGUGUAUGGCAACAUCCACCACGGAAGUAUUCGUCAGUCUUCUACGUAGUUUAUGGGAAGGUCAUGGCUGUAUUCUGGAGGUGGGAGGUUCUCUAAGUACCCUUACAAUAGCCUUGGUGUUACCGUUGUCUGAAGAAGGCAACGGUGAAAGUUCUGGCAAGUAUGUUGUAUGCGCAUGCAAUGUUGGUGAUUCAUUAGGAUACGUAUAUUCGAAAAAAUAUGGUGUACGCGAGUUUACACUAGCAUCACACGACAUAACCUCUAUGCGAGACAUGCGGGAUGCGUUGGGUGCUCUGGGACCCGCUGAUGGCAACAAGCCGGAACUUGGAAAUUUAACAUUGUCUAUGACUGUUAUUGAAAGAGGUGACAUUGUUUUUUUAACUUCGGAUGGAAUUAGUGAUAAUUUCGAUCCCGUUGUUGGAAAGUUCGCCGAAGCAUGGACUCCGGACGUAAAGGUAAUGCCAAACUCAACGUCACAAGGACAACAUCACUUGGCACCAAAGCGACAAAAUAAAAGUGCGUCAUCUAUUUAUGCGCGUCUUCAUCACUCACAUCACAACCAACAAAGGAACGAGACUGAAUCACUGCCGACAUCACCAGCAAACGCACCAAUGCGACCACCGCGCUCGAAAAAAACCUCUUCACCAGAAGCAGUCAGUGCAAGUACUACUACUAAUGCACCUAGUCGACCAAAGUAUAUGCGCUCGCAUACUGUGAUAGAACCAAGACGCCUUUCCGCGGCUGGGCAAUCUGCAGCAAGGCAAGCACAACUUGCUUCCACACUUUUACCAAAGGUACCGAAAUCGGUUUACGGCCUACCGUUAGUUACUGGGCCACAACGUCAUGCACUCACACUCUAUCGACUGGAGGAUCUUCUAAGUUACGGUAUAAACGGAACAUUUUCCCCUUGCACAUCAGCUAGACGGCUGUGCCAUCUACUAAUUGAUUUUGCUCGAAUGAUUACGUCAGCACGUCGAAAGACUCUAGAGCAGCGGGAGCUAUUUUAUAAAUUAGCAACAGGUCCAGAUGGGAUCAAGCGCGAGGUGGAACUCAAUCGAAUACAGCAUCGAGCGGCUCGCAAACGAGUCGUAGACAGCAGUGCGUUUGCAGCUUUGCCGGGAAAGUUGGAUCAUGCAACAGUGGUGGCUUACACAGUUGGAAUUGGACGCAAUAGAUGCGCUAAUGAUGAUAGCGGUAGCAACUGUGAACAACUUGCCGCAUCGACGUCAACGGCUGCAGCGUUGUUGCAAUCAAAAAAUUUUAAUGAAACUAACUUUUAAAUUAAAAAAUAUCGAAUAGAUCACAAAAGAAUAUUCGUAAUAAUGUUGUAGUGCGUAGCGCAGGGGUAAUAUAUUCUGAAACUUAAGGAAUUAAGCACAACUGAGAAUUUUAAGUAUUAUGUGACCUGCAGCCAUUUGAAACAAUGGACGAACUUUACACCAAUACUCCAUGCUCGUCCAAAUCGCACCUUCAGAAAUGUAUAACAUAAUAAAUAUGGCUUGAUGUAACGUCCGAGCUUGAAAUGCGGCCAAUCAACCUUAAAAUUAACCAUAACCAAAUUGUAUCAGUCUAUUGAUGUAUGUACAUUGGAGUUCGUAUUUUAAAGUGCCAUGCAAUUCGAAGUAUUUAAGCAUCUUACAGUAGAAAUGAACACUAAUUUCCCUGUUAAGUGGGCGAUUUAGACAUGCGCGCAUUUGUACAUGGCAUGAGCGACAAUAUUCACCUGUGGACUCGCGCAUCAAGGAACAAAAUACGUAUCAAAAUGUAUCAAUGGGGAUUGUCUACAUACGUAACAGCAAGAUCUUUUACCAGUGCUUCAUACAUAAAUGUUUAAAAUACUAGUGCUAUUGUCGCUCGUAUUAGUGUUCAGUUCCCGGAGCAGUCCGUUAUAUUAAAAAUUCUGAAAAAAAUAGACCAAAAAAUGCAUUAUGUAUAUUUGAUAUAACCCAAUAUUUUUUUAAUAAAGUACUGCAACAGUA